UUGCAUUCGCGGAUCGCGGAGUCGAAUUCCUGGAACAAACCCUAGCUCAGCUCCAGCUACGAGCUCGAUAAACCUCAGGCCUGGAUUAUUGUUUUCUCAGCCUAGGGACGCAUCGCCCUUUCCUCGGGUCGGCUCCGUUGCACCAGCUCCAUAAGUUUCGAUGACAAGCGCUUGGACAAAUAUGGGCUUUGCAAUCAUACAUAGGGAUAUAGAGAGGGAAUGGGAGUAUCAGGGUGGAGUUUUGGGUAUUGUUUUUUAUAAUUGGAGAUUGUUUCUCCCUGUUCGAAGAUCUGUACGUCUGCAAAAAUUCAUGGGAGGAUGAGGAGUCCAAAUUAAAUUUCAAAUUUAUUAUAGCUUUGGAGCAUCUUGGAGCAAAUGAGCAAUGGAGCUUGUGGAGCACCGCUCACAUGGAGGAUUGCUCACUUGGUUUGCUUCAUGAUUUUGGCUUUAUAAUGCUUUUGUUAUUGUUAGAGCCGUGGCAGAUGAUAACUGGACAUUUGAGUAGAUAGGGCUAUGCUAUUUUUAAAUAACAGAGUUUGUUUUUCUAUUAAUGCCGUUCUAUUUUCACAUGCAGUGAUUAAUAGUCGUAAUACUCAAGAUGAGUGGUCGCUUUUCACGGACUAUCUAUGUUGGCAACCUGCCCUCAGAUAUAAGAGAGUGGGAAGUUGAAGACCUGUUCUAUAAGUAUGGUCGCAUUUUGGAUAUUGAGUUGAAGAUUCCGCCACGCCCUCCAUGUUAUUGUUUUGUUGAGUUUGAGAGUGCUCGGGAUGCUGAAGAUGCAAUCAGAGGCCGUGAUGGCUACAACUUUGAUGGAUGUCGAUUGAGGGUUGAGCUUGCUCAUGGUGGUAGAGGGCAAUCCUCAAGUGAUCGUCGUGGUGGCUAUGGUGGAGGUGCAGCUCGAUUUGGCAUCUCACGUCGCUCUGAAUAUCGAGUAAUUGUUCGUGGGCUCCCUCACUCUGCAUCCUGGCAAGAUUUGAAGGAUCACAUGCGGAAAGCAGGCGAUGUCUGUUUUGCUGAGAUUUCUCGUGAUAGUGAGGACCAUGGGUAUGGAGGCACAGGAAUUGAUUUUGAGUUUCUUUAACUUAAAGGUCAUGGUAAAGAGUGAGUAGUCACCAAAAAUCAUUCAUCCAUAUAACCAUUUGUGUAGCAAAGAGUGAGUAGUCACAGAGAACAAUUCUGACCUCAAUUUUCUACUUGUUUGUUCUCACUGGUAAUGAUGUUCUGCUUUUUCUGAAGUUGGCAAGGUGCAUGGUGUAAUUGGAUGUUAUCAUGUUGGAUGGACUUGUUCUUGAUGUUUUGGAUAUUUUGGUUUGAAGUGAAAUUGCCUGGAGUUUGUCAUGAAUUAGUUGUUUUAACUCUAUUACCAACCUCUUGCAUGUACAAUAAAUGAUAGUUUCCUGUUCUGGUUGCAUUAUUCCCUCUUCUGGCUGAAUUGACAUUAUUGUUAUAUUGUCUGGGCAUGCUUUAAACUCUGUCUGACUUGAAUAAUAAGUAUGUGUAUCUUUGUUAAACUUAUUUGCUAUCUCUGCAUUCAGGGACUUUUGGUGUCGUUGAUUAUACAAAUUAUGAAGACAUGAAAUAUGCUAUUCGGAAACUUGAUGAGACAGAGUUUAGAAAUCCUUGGACAAAAGCUUAUAUUCGGGUGAGGCGAUAUGAGGCCAGUCCAUCUAGGAGUCAAAGCAGAAGCCGCAGCAGAAGCAGAAGCAGAAGUGUAAGAAGGGAUAGGAGUAAAUCUGCAGAAAGACCUGUUUCCAAAUCACCAGCUAAAUCCAAAUCUGCAUCUCCGGUUAAAUCAUCCAGGGCAAGAUCCAGAUCAAGGUCAGGGUCUCCCAAUAAGGCUCAGUCUGGUAGUCGCUGAUUCUCUUACAGCCAAGUCAGAAGUGCAUCACUGAACUUCUUCGAUUGAGUUUUUGGGAAAGUAGUGAAGCUUAUCUUGCAGGAGUACUGCUAUUUUGGGUAUUGCAGGACUACUAUUUGAUAUUGUUUUCUAGAAGUCCUAGGUAUUAGUGUUAGGUGUUUGUAAUUUGUUGCAUCAAUUUUAGACGCUGGUUUCCUCACUUUUUGGAUACAACCCUGUUCAUCCAUGUUUGUGAGACCUCAAUGAAAACUGUUUUCUCGUCUUCUUGUUUACAUUUUGAUAUCUACAAUUUUUAAUUUUUAUUUUUGGCCUACGACAUCUACCUGUUCC